CGGAAGCACUUUUGCCCCCUGCUACCCUCCCACGGGAAUGACCAUGGACAAAUGUGAGCUGGUACAGAAAGCCAAACUUGCUGAGCAGGCCGAGCGCUAUGAUGAUAUGGCUGCAGCCAUGAAGGCAGUCACUGAACAGGGGCACAAACUCUCUAAUGAAGAGAGAAAUCUGCUCUCUGUUGCCUACAAGAAUGUGGUAGGUGCUCGUCGUUCUUCUUGGCAUGUCAUCUCCAGCAUUGAACAGAAAACAGAGAGAAAUGAGAAGAAGCAGCAGAUGGGCAAAGAAUACCGUGAGAAGAUAGAGGCGGAGCUGCAGGACAUCUGCAAUGACGUUCUGGAGUUGUUGGACAAAUAUCUAAUUCCCCAUGCUACUCAACCAGAAAGUAAAGUGUUCUACUUGAAAAUAAAAGGAGAUUAUUUUAGGUAUCUUUCUGAGGUGGCAUCUGGAGAUAAUAAACAAACCACUGUGUGGAACUCUCAGCAGGCUUACCAGGAAGCAUUUGAAAUUAGUAAGAAAGAAAUGCAGCCUACACACCCAAUUGGACUUGGCGUGGCACUUAAUUUCUCAGUCUUUUACUAUGAGAUUCUAAAAUCUCCUGAGAAGGCCUGCAGCCUGGCAAAAACGGCAUUUGAUGAAGCAAUUGCUGAAUUGGAUACACUGAAUGAAGAGUCUUACAAAGACAGCACCCUGAUCAUGCUAUUUAGGGACAAUCUUACUCUGUGGACAUCGGAAAACCAGGGAGAUGAAGGAGAUGCUGGGGAGGGAGAGAACUAAUGUCUAUCAUGCUUUGUGAUCUGUUCAGUGUCACUCUGUACCCUCCACAUUUAUCCCUUUGUGUGAUAAAAAAAAGAAAAAAAAGAAAAAAAAAUCGUAC